GUCAAGGCAAAGGCCUAGACUGUUUGGAGAACAGCGUAUCAGGGCCUAAACCACAGAGUACGGUCAAAAACUAGGUAACAAUGUGCCCUUUGUACUCUGAUGAAGCUGAAGAUGAUGAAGUAGGUGGUCCCAAAAAGACCCCAGACCCAAUUCUCAGGGGGAGGGCCCGGGGCGGUCCAGAGGAAGGGCCAAAGGGUGGACACAUCUGGGAUUGGAUGGAUAAUGUUAUAAAAGGUAACCUUUCGGGCACGGCCGGGGCGCGCGCGUCUAUAUCACCUAUUGCCUUGGCAAAUAAACCCUUUCUUAUCUCACCCCUAAUUAACUGCUCCGGAGAUUUUUUUCAGAACCAAAAUACACCGGCAACAGUGGUGGCCCGUACGGGGAGAACUGGACCGGGGACUUCUUCAGACUGGAAUUUUCAUCAGCAGGAAUAUUCCUCAGCAAGCCGGCUUUUAUCUGAGAGAAAUUCCCGCCGGUCUGAGAAGCCCAGCUCCACGGAACCCACGAAAACAAGCACGGAGCAUAGAGGCUCUACUUUGCAGAAGCUGCAGAAGGUCGUCGAGUUAUCCAGACCUAUAGGACUGGACACCCCUGCUCACCCAUUCCAGCCAGGAGACUGGGUCUACGUCAAGUGGUGGAAUAGUGACCCCUUGCGAGCCAAGUGGAGAGGACCUUACCAAGUCCUGCUGACCUCCCUCACCUCCGUCAAAGUUGCUGGCAGAGAACCCUGGUUCCACUACUCUAGAGUUAAGAGAGCAUCAGCUCCUGGGACAACCAACCAGACAGAACCAGACACCGACGACGAGGAUGUGGAAUAGACUGCUUGUUCUGUGUAUUCUGUUCAUGCAACCGGUAACCAUGAACCGAGUUUGGGACCAAAAAUUGCAUGUGGCCCUAGUCCAAAACGUAUCUAAAAUUCUCCGAAAAACGGAAUGCUGGAUUUGUACUCAAGUACCAGCAAUCGAUGAUGAGAAUAGUGAGUGGCCCCUAAUUGGCAUUUUACUAAAUGAGACAAACUUCGGCAAGUCCAUG